AUGCUGCCAAUGCAUACGGAGCCUAUGAAGCAGCCACAGCCACAGCCUAGUCCAAUAAAGGGUAUGGAGCCGAUGGAAAUAGAAGAUAUGCCGGAACUAUCGCGGUGGCGAUCUCGCGGCAUCACAUUGCUCACCGUCGACCCCUACCUGACCGAAGCGCCCGACGCUCCCAAACGGAAUCCAGAUGGCUUGCUGCCCACGCCACCGCCCAGCCGCUGGUGGACAAAAGAGUUCUUUUUGUAUUUUAUUGUGUGCAUUACUGCAAUACCAUACAUGAUUUACGUGCCUAUCCGGCUUAGCUACGCGUCAAGCAACGCAAACUAUGACAAAUAUGCGCGAUAUCUUGUGCCUGGCUGGAUGCACGGUCGACUCCGGGAUAAUAGCGACUACCAGUACCGUGCAAUCCGGGAGUACAUGCCAAUUUUAUUUAUGUUGAUUGGCGUGUAUUCGAUUGCAUCCCACUGCGUCCGGAUCUGCGCACGGACGGCCACCCGCGAUCCGUCACGGCACCGCACCUUGCGCAAAGUGUUUUUAUGCGUGACUGGUAUCGUGUGCGUGACUGCAUUGCACGGCGUCAAUAUGCCAAAGCUUCUGCUGCUUGCGCUUGGAAACUAUGUUUUGCUGCACACCGCGGCGCGCCAUUGUUCCAACAAUAUGGUAACAGGUAUCGUGUGGGUAUACAAUUGUGCGGCGCUCGGCUUUGUUUUCUAUACGAAUGGAAUUCCCUACGCAAGCAUCUCUCCGCAGCUAGCAUGGCUGGAUGCCCAUGCUGGUCUCUUGCCACGGUGGUACAUCUCCUACAAUUUCUCCAUGCUGCGGCUCGUCUCGUAUGCAUUGGACUAUACUCGGGCAAUCUGUGGCUACGAGCCCACUGACACGCAUGCACUUUGUAAUAUGAAUGCGAGAGCGCGCGUUCAACAGCAUCGCGCUCUGGACGAGUAUGGGCUGCAAAACUAUCUCUUGUAUCUGUCCUACCCGCCCUUGUUCAUUGCCGGCCCUAUCCUCACGUACAACGACUUUGUUGCGCAACUCGUCCAUCCCCUCCGGCUCAAGCUUGUGCGUGUUCUGGAGUAUGCACUCCGGUGUGCAAUACUUCUGCUUGCAAUGGAGUUUAUCCUACAUUACAUGUACGUCAAUGCGAUCAAAAAUUCGCGAGCAUGGGAGGGCAGCACGCCAAUGGAGUUGAGCAUGAUUGGAUUCUGGAACCUGAUAUUUGUCUGGCUCAAACUCUUGAUUCCCUGGCGCAUCUUUCGGCUCUGGGCACUUCUGGACGGUGUGGACACGCCAGAGAAUAUGAUCCGUGCCAUGUUUAACAAUUACUCUGGCAUGGGAUUCUGGCGCAGCUGGCACAAAAGUUACAACCUAUGGGUUGUCCGUUAUAUCUACAUUCCGGUUGGUGGGACUAAGAAUAUCCUGCCAGCAACGCUGCUGGUAUUUACAUUUGUCGCGCUCUGGCACGAUCUUUCUUUUACGCUGCUCGCAUGGGGAUGGCUUGUUACGUUUUUUAUUGCGCCAGAAGUGAUUGCGACGUAUCUGCUUCCGCAGGCCAAGUUCGGGAACAGGGCUUGGUACAGGCAUGUAUGCGCCAUUGGCGGUGCGAUGAAUGUGCAAACGAUGAUGACGGCCAACUUGGUCGGGUUUGUCGUUGGGCUUGAUGGAAUUCAAUAUAUUUGGUCGCAGCUCACAGGCUCCUGGGCGGGAAUCGUAUUCCUCAUCCAGGCAACAGCGGCUUUGUAUGUUGGGGUGCAGAUCAUGUUUGAGUAUCGUGCGGAGGAGUUGCGUAGGGGUAUACAGCGUAAAUGUUAG